AUGAAGCAAUUCGUCUUUCUCUUUGGCAACGACGACUUCUCUGUACUAACGACAGCAUCAAACCCCGACCCAGACGUCCCCUUCAUCCCCCCGAGGCCGCCCAAAAAAUUCGCCAUGUCUGCCGACAACAAGUCCCACCGCCUUUACGUCAAGGGCAAGCACAUCAGCUACCAGCGCGGCAAGAGGAACACCAACCCCGGAACUUCUCUGCUCAAGCUUGAGGGCGUCGACGAUGUCAAGGCAGCUCAGUGGUACGCCGGCAAGAGGGUAGCCUACGUCUACCGCGCACAACGGGCGAUCCAAGGCUCCAAGAUCCGCGUCAUCUGGGGCAAGGUCACCCGUCCUCACGGCAACUCCGGUGUCGUCCGCGCCAAGUUCAAGAACAACCUCCCUCCCAAGUCCUUCGGUGCCUCCGUCCGCGUCAUGCUUUACCCUUCUUCGAUAUAA